UUCAGGACACAGUUCCAUUCUCUGUGUGUUUUGACAACCGCAGGUCAUUACAUAGUUACUACUGAUACUUUUCAUCUUGAGUCAGUACCAAACAACCUUUUGACAGAGACACACCCUUGAGAGAGAGAACAGAGUUUCAGCGGAGACAGUCCACAGACAGAGAAAGAGCUGUGCAUCAGCGACAGACUGUAUCAACACUAGAAAUUUGGAGGAUCUGCUAGCUAAGAAUGGAGAUGAACAGUAGGCCCCUGGGCCCCUACAGGUUAGCCAGACGGUUGAGAGACUGCGAGCUGGAAAAGGAGGCUCUUGAAAAGCUGGUGGAGGAGCUGAAGGCUCAGCUGCAAAGUGCUGAAAACCACAGCCCCCGCCAGGAGGAGAAGGUGAAGCAGCUUACCACCAAACUGGAGGGACAGAUGAUCCAAAUAGAGUCUCUCCAGAAACAAGUGGAGAACUUGAAAAAUAAUCUCCUUCAAGAGAGAAGAAGCAGACAGCAGGAGAAAAACAGCAGCGUGCAGGACAAAGUGAGGGAGCUGAAUGAUCUAUUGGGGCAGGAGCGUGCCAUAAACAUCUGGGAGCAUACUAUGAGGCUGCAGCUCAGCAAAGAACUGGAAAAUACUAAAGAACAGCUGGCUCGUCAGAAGAGCCUAAAAGAAAUGUUCAUUAACAAAGAGAAGGAAACACGGAGUGAACUGGAGGGGCUGAAGAGGCUCAGUGACACAGGGGCCAUGGACACCAUGAGGAUCGCCACUGAGGUUGGAAAUAAUAUCAAGAGGAAGCAGAAGAAGGUGCUUCAAAAUGAAUUCAAGGAGCUCAAAGUGGCUCACGUAGUCAGCCAAGAAAAGUUCUCAGCAGAGCUCCAGAGUGAAAAAGAUAAAAAUAAAGCUCUUCAGCAAGAACUUGAGCAGCUGAAAGUUUCGUGUCAGAUCAACCUGAGGUAUAAAACUGAGCUCAAGGCUGAAAGAGAAAAGAGCGACAGCCUUCAGAAACAGCUUGAGAAAGAGAUUCAGUCUAAAGCAGAAUGUGUGUCAGAGAAGCUGGAGGUCAUAAAGCAGCUGAGGGCUGAGAAGGAUGCUCUGCUUCAACCGAUGGAGGAGAAGAUCCAGACCGUGAAGAAAAACGCUUCUGAGAAAGAGAAGUUUUCCAAAGAGUUGGAGGACCUGAAAGACAAACUGAAUAAACAGAUCUCAACCAACCAGGAGCUGCUCUCUAAGCUCCAGGCUGAGGAGGAGGUCAGUCAGGGCCUCCGAACUGAACUCGCCAAGCUCAAAGAGGAGCAGAAAGACAAGACCGGGGAGCAGGAGAGGGAGACUCCCUCCAUGAUUUACCGAAUGCUGAGCUGCUGGAGGAGAUCAAAGACUCAGAGAAAAAGCUUGAGAAGAAAAAAAAGAAACACUCAGCCUGGACAAAUUCAGACACCGUAUCGGUUUGAGGAAGAAGAAGAGGGAGAAGCUGGAGGUCUAAAUCCACUUGAGACUCUGACAACUGAGUGAUUCAAAUUCUAUAAAACGUCAAUAAAACAUUAGAAAUAAAAAUUG